AGCCACAAUUUUCGAACAAAUCAAAAAAAAGAAGGAAAAAAAAUCCAAAAUGGCCACUAGUGGCCUUGGCCUCUCAACCUCCUUCCUCCCCGGCCACGACACCCUCCUCCGGCGCCGGCGCCGGCGGCCUGGGCCGGUGAGCCCUGCCGCCGAGUCGUUCCGCCCGGUGAAGGCGGAGCUCGCCGGCACGGCGACGGAGCUGGGGCGGCAGCUGGUGGAGGCGGUGGGCGUGGGGCUCCCCUGCACCGUGAUGGCGUGCGGCGACGUCAUCUACCGCAGCACGCUCCCCCGGAACGACGGCCUCACCAUUACCGCCCCCGGCGCCGCGCUCGCCCUCGCCGCUGUGUCCUACCUCUGGGCCACCCCCGGCGUCGCCCCGGGCUUCUUCGACAUGUUCGUCCUUGCCUUCGCCGAGCGAUUCUUCCGCCCCACCUUCCGCAAGGACGACUUCGUGCUCGGGAAGAAGCUUGGGGAGGGCGCGUUCGGGGUCGUGUAUAAGGCGUCGUUGGCGAACCCCGAAGCGGCAGAAAAGCAAGGGGCUGUGGUCGUGAAGAAGGCAACAGAGUAUGGCGCGGUGGAGAUAUGGAUGAACGAGCGUGUCAGGAGGGCAUGUGCUAGCAGCUGUGCAGAUUUUCUUUAUGGCUUUCGUGAGAGCAAAGCUAAAGGUAAGGGGGCUGAUGAGUAUUGGCUUAUUUGGCGUUUUGAAGGCGAGGAUACGCUUUUUGAUCUCAUGCAAAGCAAGGAGUUCCCUUACAAUGUUGAGACAAAGAUUCUUGGCGAUGUCCAGGACUUACCUAAGGGAAUAGCGCGAGAGAAUAAGAUCAUUCAAACGGUGAUGAGACAACUCUUAUUUGCUCUUGAUGGACUUCAUUCGACGGGGAUUGUUCACAGAGACAUAAAACCUCAAAAUGUGAUCUUUUCAGAGGGAUCACGAACCUUCAAAAUUAUUGAUCUUGGAGCAGCAGCUGACUUACGAGUAGGCAUCAACUAUAUUCCCAACGAAUUCCUUUUGGAUCCAAGGUAUGCUGCACCAGAGCAAUAUAUCAUGAGCACACAAACACCAUCUGCUCCUUCUGUUCCAGUUGCAACAACUUUGUCUCCAGUCCUGUGGCAGCUGAAUCUUCCUGACAGAUUUGACAUAUAUAGCUUGGGCCUCAUAUUCUUACAGAUGGCAUUUCCUUCAUUACGAACUGACAGCAGCCUCAUACAAUUUAAUCGCCAACUGAAGAGAUGCGAUUACGACUUAGAAGCUUGGAGGAACUUGGUGGAGCCCCGAGCUACUGCUGAGCUUCGCAGGGGCUUUGACAUCUUGGAUUUAGAUAACGGUAUUGGAUGGGAACUCCUCACAUCGAUGGUUCGGUACAAAGCGCGGCAAAGGACCAGUGCUAAGGCUGCAUUGGCACACCCGUAUUUCAACCGUGAAGGCCUUCUUGGUCUUUCUGCCAUGCAAAACUUAAGGCUCCAACUGUUCCGGGCAACCCAAAAGGACUACAGUGAAGCAGCCCGAUGGGUUGUCGGCCUCAUGGCAAAAUCAGGAACCGAAGCAGUGGGAGGCUUUACAGAAGCACAGCUUCAAGACCUUAGGGAAAUAAAACCAAAGAAAGGCAGCGCCCAGCGGAACGUGCUUGCUUCCCUGCUGCGCGUGCAGAGAAAGAUUGUGAAAACGAUCAACGAGAGCAUGGAUGAGCUUACCAGCGAGCGCAAAAGCAUUUGGUGGAGCCGGUGGAUACCGAGGGAGGAGUAGGCAGGCACACACCUGUACAUUGUUCACUCCUGUAAAAAACGUCGCCAAUUAGCAAUGGUUAUGGUAUACUACUAUAUCCUACUUACUUCCUGCCGGCUGGUGACUGGCGAGUAAAAUUUGUCUGCAAGACUGUAUAGAUGUAAAUAUUUUACAUAUGCAUUGAAUCAAAGUUUUUGGGAUCCUUAUUGUUAGUUCAUAAGGACUCAACUGUGCUUGAUUAACCUGUGAUUGGGGUUCUGGUAGCUUGCUGCUCUGGAAGUAUCUUCCUCACGCGGUGCAAGAUUCCAUGACAGGUCACUUGUGCUGUGGACCCGUGGUACCAUGAUUGCACUAGGCUGCAAUCUUUUAAACUGUAGCAAGGCUGCACCUCGUGAUGACUGAUGAAGUGAUGACUGGUGAAUGUAGUUUAUGACUCGGUUGUGCCAUUUUGGCCCUUCUCUCUUGUUGCAUUUAUCCGAGUGGUCCUCCAUGGACCAUGGACCAUGGUCCUCUUCUUGGCC